CCAAUUCAUACCGGGCUUGUUUCAAGAAAUUGAAAAUUGUGUCCUUAGUUGUAUUCUAGAGUCUAAUUGUCCGCAUCAGGACGGAAAAGUAUCAUGGCCAAAUUCAACAUUGUCGUCUUCGCGGGGGACUACUGUGGACCAGAGGUAACUGCAGAGGCAAUCAAGGUCCUCAAAGUAGUAGAAAAAAAGACCGAUAUCGAGUUUAAUUUCCAAGAGCAUUUGCUUGGUGGCGCCUCCAUAGACGCUACCGGAACCGCCCUGACAGACGAAGCUCUCCAAGCGGCAAAGAAUGCAGACGGUGUGAUCCUCGGAGCCGUUGGCGGCCCUAAAUGGGGAACAGGCGCUGUUCGCCCCGAACAAGGGAUCCUCCGCCUACGGAAAGAAAUGGGUACUUUUGGAAAUCUUAGACCCUGCAAUUUUGCCGCCCCUUCGCUCGUUGAUAUCUCCCCGCUGAAGGCCGAUGUUUGCCGUGGCGUAGACUUCAACAUCGUACGGGAGCUCACUGGUGGAAUAUACUUUGGUGAAAGAAAGGAAGACAACGGUGAUGGCACAGCAUUGGAUACAGAACCAUACUCACGGGCGGAAAUUGAACGAGUUACCCGUCUUGCAGGUCAUCUCGCGUUGCAGCAUUCUCCCCCGCUGCCAGUAUGGAGCUUGGACAAGGCUAAUGUGCUCGCAACAAGCCGCUUAUGGCGCAAAGUGGUGACCGAGAUCAUGGAAAAGGAAUUCCCACAAGUGAAAUUUGGCCACCACCUCAUUGACAGUGCGGCAAUGUUGAUGGUCAAAGACCCACGGAAGCUCAACGGUAUCAUAGUCACCAGCAAUCUAUUUGGAGAUAUCAUCAGUGAUGAAGCAAGCGUUAUCCCAGGCUCCUUGGGUUUGCUCCCUAGCGCGAGCUUGAGUGGAAUCCCAGAUGGGAAGUCCAGAGUGAACGGAAUCUAUGAGCCUAUCCAUGGUUCUGCACCAGACAUUGCUGGAAAAGGUAUCGUUAACCCAGUUGCUGCCAUCCUUUCUAUGGCCAUGAUGCUUCAAUAUUCCCUGAAUCGGCCAGUAGAAGCAAAGGCCAUCGAGGAUGCAGUAUCGAAGGUAAUCGAGGCUGGAAUUCGAACCGGAGAUAUCGGUGGAAAGGCAACCACGAGCGAAGUCGGCGAUGCAGUUGCAGCAGAGCUCGAGAAAUCUCUCUGAAAUCGGGAAGGGAAAAUAGGGUAUUGACCCUGACACAUAGCUUUGGUAAUUUUCUUGCAUAAUGUUUGAAGGGUUGGAUAUGCAUAUGCGAUGAAAAUAAUAGUCAUCUUUAAGCCCAAUAUGGGCCGACCAUGUUAAGAAUGCAUUUGGGUAUCACAAAACAGGAAUGAAAUAGCACCAUAAUAAAAACAAAUGCACACUCGCGGCUCGUCCCAACUCUGACACGUAUUUUAGGAGCGCAAUCCUAACGGAUUUCAGGUUGUAGAAACCACUCGGAUUCAUCAAUUGUUGCCAUCCCGUUUUCCAGGUCAUUGCCCCUUUGAUCGCUCUCAGUGGGAUGCAGGUCACCGGCAUCCUUUCUUGCUCCACCGCUUGAUCGUAAAGAUUUGCGAGUGCUGUCUCUUCGUGUGCGUGUAUAGUAUCUGUCAUCACGAGCGAAAACCUGGAAGCCCCGCACAUGAGUAUCCUUGCCGUUCUGAUGAUUCUCGCAGAUCCGGACCUGAAUCACCAUGGCCUUCAGAACAUUUCCUGCAGAAGGGUCAUCAUUAUCAAAAAGGUCAUCAUAAGCAUCGCUGUCACCGUCAUCUUCACUGUCGCUAUUCUCCCCGGCGUCCACAUGGUGAUCAUAUUCCCUGUGGUCUUUCUUUCUCGAACUUUUCAGAACGCUAUUUUUCCCUUUGACCUCUCUCUUUCUCCUUGUCGGCCGUCGCUCAUGCCUCCCACCAACCCCAUCCAAAGAAAUAUCUACCCAGCCGCACG